AUGUCUGGCAGUAGUACACCAAAGAUGGAACUGGGAGACGGCAGGUCACCAACCACCCACUCACUCACACAUACACAAACACAAAAAAAUACAAGGAGGCAACAAAUAAAGCCCACGGCAGACAACUGUGGUGGUCCUGAUAAGAGGGGUGGCUCUGAUGGUAGUCCCUCUGGACUCGAAAGUGGCCAGAUCUGGAAGGGGAUGGAUGGCAGCACUGUUGGGGUUUGGGCCAGGAGAGAUAUCAAUAAAUAA